AUGGGCACAAGAACCAACCACCGCAGGCAAACCGAUCGGAUCUAUCCGCCGCCUCCUUCUUCUUCAUGCACAGGCCAAGUCGUCUCCUCCCACUCCUUCAUCCUCUCCCACUCCAGAGACGUCACCACCACGCUCCCCGACGAAUGCCUUGCCCUCGUCUUCCACUUCCUCGACGCCACCGACCGCCGAAUAUGCUCCCUCGUUUGCCGCCGAUGGCUCCUAGCUGAUGGAUGCUUCUGCACCCGCCUCUCCCUCCAAGCCCCCACUUCGCUCCUCCAGGCUGCACCAGCCCUCUUCUCCUGCUUCGAAGCCAUCUCCAACCUCAUCCUCUGUAGCAGCCGCCACUCCGCAAGCAUCGACGAUGACACCCUCGAGCUCAUCGCUUCCCGGUGCACCAAUCUCCUAAGCCUCAAGCUCCAAGCUUGCUAUGACCUCACGGAUGCUGGAAUGGCUGCCGUUUCACGUCACUGCCUGGGCCUACGCAAGCUAUUAGUCGUCUCCUGCUGCUUCGGUGCCAAGGGCAUCAACGUUGUUCUCUAA